AUGUGUCCAGCUCUUGCUGUCAGCAAACUUUUGCAAACUUUACCAUUAAGCUGUGGCGCCGCCCGGAUGAAAAUCAACGCCAAAUGCUCGUUUACAUGCCCACAGGGAUUACACCAACUAAAAGGUCCUUUUUAUAAGCAGUGGGGGGUUGAUGGUCAGUGGUCCGACAAGGCUAAGAAGGUUUCAUGCACUGGUGAGUUUUGAAACUUUAGGGCUUUUUAUCAAUCUUCUACUACAGUACAAUUAAAUAAUCAACGUCUGAUUUUGCCGAAUAACGGCGGCUGCAGUCACAGGUGUGUUAAUACCAUGAGAAGCUACAAAUGCGAAUGUCCAGAUCCGGAAUUGAGCUUGUCACCAGAUAACAAGACCUGCAAUGGUAAAAUGAAAAUUUUAAAUAGGUGUUCAUGAUUUGGUAGUCAAACAAAAAAAUUUUCAACACGAUUUUUACGACAGUAACACUAUAGCGUAGCAAAAGUGAGUUGAAUUCAAAGUAAGUGACGUCACGCAUAAAGAAGCGUGGCAGAACAAAACAACGGCUCUUCGCCAGCUUCAACUUAUGAGAAAUUUUCAUGUCUGUUUUUUUUUUUUGAUAAAUAGAUGUAUAAACAGAUGUAUAAAUAGAUGUAUAAAUAGAUGUAUAUUAAUAGUUGUUUUUAGGCUUUCAAGUAAUUUCUCCUUCAUCGCCAGUUUAACUCAGUCUGAUGUUAAUCUAAAUCUAGCGCUAACACCUUUAUUUGUCUUUUACAUUCUUCUCAUUCAAACAUAUUUUUCUUUUACCUUUUUGUCAUUUCUUUAAUUCAUAUUGCAUCUAUAUUCAUUUAGCUCCAGGUGUUGUUGUUCAAUGCAACAGCAAUAAUAUGACCAUCAUUAUCGCCAAGUCCCUUCUCCAAGGUAUUGACCAUGAACAUCUUGGACUUCUGGACACCAAAUGCAAAGCUACAGAAACAAGCGCAUACUUCUCCCUUACAAUACAGCUAACCGAACGCAACACAACACGCAGGCACACUGCGUCAACUAUUCUCUAUUCCAACACAGUAUUGGAAAUUCAAGUGGCAGCUGAAGAUGUUAUAACACUUGUGCAAGAGUUAGAAAUCUAG